AUGUUGUUCUUUGUUGUAGCCAUUCUUGCUUUGUUUGUAAUAAUCUUCCUUGGGUGCGUUAUCUACAAUUUGUUUAAGAAAUGGCGAGCUCAAUAUGGAAGGAUGUUGGCUAUACCUGUGCUUGUAGUAACAAAAAACGAUUUAGUUGAUGCUAGUGAUGAAAUUGAAAAAAUUGGUAGAGGUUUUUUUUAA